CCAGACUGCAGGAGCGACAGGUAAUUAUUUUUCUCUGCUGCGUAUCAACGGCCGCGAUUGGGUUGAAGCAACCAAUCUGAGCCGUUGAUGAGAAAUUCGGGAGAAAUUAAACAUCACGUGGGCGAAGUACCGAAUUUACCCUUCCUUCGUCAUUUUUUAUUUUUCACUCGUGUUGAGCUUCUCCAGUUUCUUGAACAAAGACAAAACAAAGCUUCUCUCUCUAGCUAUGGAGGGUCCUUGAAAAAAUUCUCUCUCCUUUGCGUUUGCUACUCUAGAUUCCUGCAACUCAUCUUCUUCCAAAGCUCUUCUUUUGCUACUGCCGUUGACAAUUGACCCUAAGAAAAGUGUGUCUGUUCUUUACUUUAAAGAUCCUUCACGACCUUAUUCAAUAUCAACCUUGAUGACUCCACCGUUCUCCGGAAUUGAGGGGCAAAACCAGUUUAAUGCACAUCUAAUGGCUUCCUCAUCGUCUGCUGACUGCAUUACCCAAAAUACCCUCGGCCUCAAAGAGCGCAACUACUUGGGACUGUCCGACUGCUCGUCUGUCGACAGCUCGACUGUCUCAUCUUCGCCCGACGAAGGCAAAACCAAUCUGAACCUUAAGGCCACAGAACUGAGGCUCGGCCUUCCUGGUUCUCAGUCCCCCAAACGAGACUUGGAUUUUUCCCCUUUAAGCUCUGUGAACAAACUUGAUGAGAAGCAGUUGUUCCCCUUGGUCCCGAAUACAGUCAUCGUAUCUGGAAAUAAGAGGGGAUUUUCUGACACUGUUAAUGCCAACUGGAUGUUCAAUGCUGACUCAGGACUACCUAAGACAACCGUAAAGAAAGAAGCACCCGAGAAGGAUACAGUAGAAUUCAGCAACAAGAUGAAUGGUUCUAACACCAACAAUGCACCAGCUGCUAAGUAAUUAUUUUUGUAAAAGUUAUUAUAUGUCUGGAUAUUUUUUUUUUGGGUACACAAUUUAUAUUGCCCCUUACUGC